UCCCUUUUGGCCCGACGGUUCGCAAUUCUGCUUCUGCUCUCGAAUUUUCCAUAAACCCUAAAAACUCAAAUCCUUCGAGGGGAUUUGGUUUUCAUCUUUGGAUAAGGAAUAAUCAGUGAAAGAAUCGAAGAAGAAGAGAAAUGGACGUGGAAACCCGUAACAAAAUCGAAGACACAGUUUUGGAAAUCCUCAAGAACGCAAAUAUGGACGAAGCGACGGAGUUUAAGAUCCGGAAGUCGGCGUCCGAGAAGCUGGGGAUGGACCUUUCGGAACCGAGUCGGAAGAAGUUUGUGAAGCAGGUUGUCGAGUCGUAUCUCGCGGCAAAGCAGAAUGAAGCCGAGGAGGAUCAGAAAGCAGAAGAGGAAGUGGGGGAGGAGGAGGAGGAGGAGGAAGAGGAGGAUGACAAUAGGAAAGGAGACGGAAAAGAGUAUGACGACGAAGGUGGCCUCAUUAUUUGCCGCUUAUCGAAUAAGAGAAGGGUGACAUUGUCUGAAUUUAGAGGGAAGACUUUGGUUUCGAUUAGGGAGUACUACCAAAGAGACGGAAAAGAGCUUCCAACAUCUAAAGGGAUAAGCUUGACCCCCGAACAGUGGUCAUCCUUCAGUAAGAGCAUUCCUGCAAUAGAGAAGGCUAUCAAGAAAAUGGAAUCUAGGUGAAAAAAACCAAAGGAGGGUUCUUGACCUUGAAAACAACAAAACAUUCGGUAAAUGCUUCAAGAACUGUUAGUUUCUUCAGACAGUAGUAUAUAUAUUGUAGCCAUUCUGCACUGUUUGUUUUAUCGAUGAAACUAUAUGUCAAAGUUAUUCUGUGCCUCAUGCUUUUGUCCCAACUUGAAUCCGAAUUUCGGCUAAUUGGCACAAAUAUGAAUGUAGUGUUUGAUGUAUAUUUACCUGGCUCUUUUGUUG